CGAACGCCAAGCUAGUAUAAUGCCCGGGAGGUGGCGGCAGUCGAUGGUACUGCUGGCGAUGAGCUUGCUUGCAUGGGGAGGUGCUGUAUCCGCAGACUCUUGUUCUGCAUACAAGUCGGGAAAUGCAUUAGCAGACAGGGUGGAUGAACUGGGUAGCUGCCUGGCGCACUUGGGGUCGAAUCUGGCCGACGCUAUCGUUUCACAUGAACUCGACUAUGAUAGAAAAACUCCAUUGUCCAUAGUAUUGUUUGCCAAUUCGACGGAGCUUCUCCAUCGCUCUUCCGAGAUCCUAGCGGCCACGUUCUUUGGCCAUGGCUCCGCGGCGACAGAUCGUGUGUUUCGCCUUGACAUCCAUGAGGUUAUCCAGUCGAUGGCGUCCAAGAAGGCCGCGCAUGCCGCCAUCCACGCGACCCUCGUGAAUCUGGUCAAGCGGUGUCCUCGCCGCAACAUGCUCGUCCUGGAAAACCUCCAUCUUGUUCCGCAAGCGUGGCUGCCUGUGCUAGACGUGUUCUUGUUGCCUCUAAGUGGCAAAGUAGCCACAACCAAGGACGACUCUACCCAAGAGACGACCAGUGGACUCCUGGACACGCUGCCCACUGUGUUUGUGUUUCUCUUUGAAACCCACACGAGCCCGAUCGCAGCCGAUGGGCAGCACUGGAAAGAGUACCUAGACGGCAAGUGGCAGUUUCCAGGCGUCGAGUUCACCCCGCAAGCUCUGAUUGGCCGGCUGGGCCAUGGCAUGGUCGUGACUCGUACCAGCGCCCCCACCUGCGUCGUGUUGCUCGCCCCUGAAACGAUUCGGUCCUCGAACUCUGUCGCAGCAGCAGUCCUCAUAUCUGUGACGGUGGUUGCCGUGUUGAUUGCGUGGUGGGUCGCGCGAAGUCGCCGGUCUCAUGGAGCCAAACACACGCCGCCAGUCGUGCAUACCCCCCGAGUGUGUGACCAACGUUUCGACGACGAGGACGAAGUGACGUUCAUUCCCCACACAAGUCACGACACCCGCCGCGAUGUCACAGCUACAACGACCUCGUCGCGUAGUUGCAUCGAGUCCGUUUCUGCAGAUAGCGACCGAGUAAGCCACGACACACAUGCGCAGCCCCGUGCAGAUACAACCCCCCCCAGCCCCGUCAGCGUCGCAGCUCCUUCCGUGUCGCAUGCCCACAACAUUGCAUCCCACGUCACAGCAAGCCACCCCACGCCACCAUCUGCCAAGUCCAGGCGCAAGAAACCCACGCUAGCCCCCGUACGUUCCAUUUCCAAGUGAUGAUGUGUUUCGUCGUCGCAUGGGUUUUACUACUUGGUGUUAUAUAUAUGGGCCAUCAUCAUAUCUGGUAACGUUAGACCCGGCACUCUGAACGACUGGAGAAGAAGAAGUCGGCGUAAGCUAGUACACUUUGGACACGCCAAACCCCCCGUCGCCGCCGCCUCCUAGGUCGUCGUCGUCGUCGUCUGUUGAUUUAGCGUACUUUGUAGCGACCAGACCUUGGAGUUUGCGCUGUUCAUCUUGCGACAUCUAUUAAUUUCAAAGAAAAACGCAUCAAAACGCAUGAGGAAUAUAUAUAUAUAUAUAUAUACUAGAAUUGUACUUCGAGGGUA